CCACAACGACCACGACCACACACGAUGGCAGACAAGCAGCAGCAGGGCGGCGAAGGCCAGCAGCAGCAGGAAGGAAUCGACAUCAUGCGUGUCCCCAUGCAGCAGCUGGAGUCUGUUCGCCAGUCGCUCUCCCAGGAGGUGCAAACGCUGACGACGGCAAUCAAGUCGCUGAAGCACGCGCAGACCAAGUUUUCCAACAGCCUGGAGUCCAUCAAGCAAGUGACCCCGGAGAGCGCAGGCAAGAAGUCUCUCGUGCCGCUGACAGAGUCGCUCUACGUCUAUGCUGAGCUCACCGAUCCAUCCAAGAUUCUCGUUGACAUCGGCACAGGCUACUACGUUGAGAAGAGCAAAGAGGACGCCGAGGCAUACUUCCAGCGCAAGGUGAAGUUCCUGACAGAACAGCUGCAAGGUGUUCAGGUUGUCGCCAGCGAGAAGCAGAGGGAGCAAGCAGCUGUUGCUGAGGCGUACCGCAUUCGUAUGGCCCAGCAGCAGCAGCAGCAGCAGUCUGGUGCUGACUCUGCUUCGUCCUCGUAAGCCACGCAGCACCCAACGCCCCACACCAAGGGGCAACAUCAGCAACAGCUUAGUGUGUGUGUGUGUACGUGAGGUGUGCAUGUGUUGUUCGUGUGAAUGGUGGUGUCUGCGAUAUGUGUGUUUUCGUAUGUAUGUGAACGUGUUGUGUGUGCUUGUGGCUCCUUGUUGCGUGUUUUUCCGUGAAAGCAAGCGUGUGUGCCUGUGUGGCCGUCAGUGCUAGCGACGAUCCUGCCUUUGUCGUGUGUGUGUGUGUGUCAUAGGCGGUUCAUACAACAAGCGUGUCGCCGUGCGCGGGUGUAUUUGGGGAGCACAGUACACAGGAGCGAAAGAAAGCGUUGGC